UUCUACUGGGUCCUUCAAUUUCACUAGGACCACUAGAUAAAUACAAAACGUUGUUAUUUCCAUUUGGUGGUCCAGACAUACUAAACACAAUAUCAUCCUACGGCUACGCAUUUUUCUUAUUCCUAAACUCGGUUCAAAUGGAUUUCACAUUAAUAACAAAAACAGGAAAAAAAUCUUGGGUCAUUGCUCUUCUUUCCUACUUUUUACCCAUAAUGGUUGGCUUCAUGGUCAUAUUUCCUACCCGCUCAAUCUGGACAAGUUUACUUGGCGAAGAACAAACUCAUAAUUUAACCAUUGUGGUCAUAUCUCAUAGCGGUUGUUCUUUUGCCGUAAUUGCUACUUUCCUAAGAGAAAUGGGAAUCCUCAACUCGGAACUGGGCCGUCUUGCAUUGUCGUCGGCUUUCUUAAAUGAUAUUGCAGGAGGUAUCGUUGCGGGAGUCGGGACGGCCAUAGUAAGUAGCAUGAGCAGUGGAGUGGGUAUGAUGGUUAAAAACUUACUUUUAUUUCUUAUUUAUCUGUUUGGGAUUCCGUUAAUUGGGAGACCAAUGAUGUUGUGGGUGGUUAAAAACACACCAAAAGGAAAACCGAUUAACAAGAUAUACAUAAAUGCAAUAGUGGUAGCAUUUUUCGUGUUGGGUCUGUUAGGUGGAAAUUUCAACCAACCUUUUUUGGCUGGAGCAGUUAUAUUGGGUCUUGCCGUUCCUGAAGGUCCGCCAUUAGGGUCAGAGUUGGUUAACCAAUUUGAAAUAUUCUCUACAUGGAUUCUCACCCCACUUUUUGUAACUUGUUGUGUCAUGAAAGUGGAUCUCAAUCUUUGUGGCCCACCUAGCCUUAUUAUUGUUGUCAGCGGUUUCAUCAUUUUGGUGCAUAUCAUUAAGUUAUUGCAGUGCAUGACUGUUUGCAAAUAUUGCAAUAUACCUACAACUGAUGGUCUUUGUCUUGCCCUCAUUUUGAGCUGUAAAGGUGUUGUUGAUUGUUGCUCCUUUAUUCUUGUCUAUGAUGGAACAAAGAGAACUUCUGAUUCGAUAGGUAUUAUGGUAAUAUCAACCUUAGUGUUGGCAACAAUCUCAAGAAUAGGUGUAAAGGCAUUAUACGACCCAUCAAGAAAAUACGCAGGGUAUCAGAAAAGAAACAUAAUGAAUCUAAAACAAAACUCAGAGCUUCGUUUAGUUGCAGUUGUGCACAGAGCAAUUCACAUGGUUCAGGUCAAGAACUUUUUAAACCUUUGUUCUCCGGCACCAGACAAUGCGCUAGUAGCAGACGUAGUACAUGUCAUGGAAUUAAUUGGAAGAACAACACCCAUUUUCAUCGCACAUCGUCUCCAACAAAAAAUGGGGUCAACGCAUGACUACUCAGGAGAGUUAGUUGUUACAUUCGAACUUUUUGAGCGGGACCACGCUGGUUCAGCCACAGCUAACACAUACACAGCAAUAUCUCCACAAACGUUUAUGCAGGACGAUGUUUGUUACCUUGCAUUAGACAAAAACGCAUCUAUCAUAAUUCUACCAUUUCACAUAAGAUGGACGCAACAAGGUUCAAUUGAAUCAGACGACAACAUGGUAAGAACUUUGAAUUCAAAGGUUUUGGAAAGAGCACCUUGUUCAAUUGGGAUUUUGGUUAACCGUGGAAAAUCCGCCACAAGCAAUAAUAAUAAUGACAAUAAUAGUUCAACUAGUUCUAAAGUAGCUAUGAUUUUUCUUGGAGGGCCUGAUGAUAGAGAAGCUUUGUGUUUGGCUAAAAGGUUUUCCAAAAACUUAGAUAACAAAUUGUAUGUGUAUCGAUUGCUAGCGAGCAACCAAGAUCCAAUGGGGUGGGAGAAAAUGAUUGAUGAUGAGGAGUUAAGGGAAGUUCGUGGAGCUUAUGUUAAACUUGAAAAUGUAAAGUAUGAAGAAGAAAUUAUACAUGAUGCAUUUGAGACAACUGCUUUCAUUAAGGAUAUCGCAAAUAAAUUUGAUUUUUUUAUCGUUGGAAGACGUAAUGGAGUUAAAUCACCUCAGACAAUUGGUUUGGAAAAUUGGACUGAAUAUACUGAAUUGGGUGUUAUUGGUGAUUUGCUUGCUUCAUCUGAUAUGGAAACUAAAGCUUCUAUUUUAGUUGUGCAACAACAGCAACAAACCAGUUCUAUAUCCUCCAUGUAACCUUUUUAUUUAUAAGAUUUUAGCCUGUAGCUUGUAAUAUUUGUU